AUGCGUCAACUAAAGGGAAAAGUAAAGGAAACUCGCAAACAAAAGAAGGAACGUAAAAUGGAAAAUGUUGCCAUACACAAUCAAGUGAAAACCGUGGUUCUUCCGGUUUUGGGUGUAUUUGCAUUGAUAAUAAUUGCAUUUGUUUACAUUAAAACACGACCAUCGGCAAUGAUGGCAUAAAAUUGUGGUGGC